UAAAGCAGGGACAUCGUUCGUCACACACAGUUGUCUGGUCACGUAGUAGAGUGUUGUCUCUUUACCGGGUAAUAUGUUUUAUGCGAAAUACGUUUCAUAAAUAAACAAUAUAAAUCAAUUUCAGUGCAUCUUGUCCUUUGAUGUCAAUAUUAUUUGUGUGAAAGUGCCGUUAUGUGGUUUUUAAUAACAAUUAUUGCCGGUCUCGCACUUUUUCAAGUACCCGAGCAUGCGUGCGAGGAUUUUGGCUACGAUGGAGUUAUAGGUCCAACGUACUGGGGAGAUAGGUACCAAGAAUGUAGAGGUAAACAUCAGAGUCCGAUUAAUAUAAAUGUGCUUCGCGUUAAGCAAGUUGCGUUGCCGGAUAUCGCGUUCGUCGGCUUCGAUGACUCCAUAGAUGACGUACACAUCACGAACAAUGGACAUACAGUUUUAAUUGAAGUGGAAAAUGAACCUCACCCACGAGUUAGCGGAGGCCCUCUAGACGGUGCCUACGUGUUUAGUCAGAUGCAUUUCCAUUGGGGAGACAACGAUACUUUCGGUUCAGAAGACAAAAUUAACCAUCGAAGUUUUCCAAUGGAAUUGCAUAUGGUUUUUUACAAAGAAGAAUAUAAAUCCGUGAAACAAGCGAUCAAGUAUUCAGACGGCCUUGCAGUUCUCGCCUUCUUCUAUGAGUUGGAUCGCCACAAGCACCCAGCUUAUGAUGAUAUAACGUCUGCUCUGGGUAACGUGACGGAGCCUCACACGACUAUCGUAAUGAGUCAGCCAUUCUCAUUCCUCAACAUUUUACCUUUGGACCUGCGGCGAUAUUUUACUUACAGAGGUUCCUUAACCACACCACCUUGCUCUGAAGUGGUGAUAUGGCUCGAUUUUGAACAACCAAUCAGAUUGGCGCAUGACCAGAUCGAAGCAUUCAGGGAAUUGCGUUCAGCGAAUGGAAAAAUAAGGCAUAACUUCAGACCUAUACAACCGAUCGGCGAUCGAGUAGUGUUUUAUAAUGUAGACAAUAAUUACUUUAAUUACAACGAGAUUGAUGAUCCCGAUGAGGCUAACGCUGGAACUAACCGUAGAAAAAAGGGUCAUAAUUAUAGUAACAUUGUAAGAAUAAAUCUGUACAUUUUCGUUUGUACAUUGUUAAUAAUGUGGUGAUUUUUUAAUGGAAUCAUUAUUUUGUUAAAUUUUAGUGCUUUAUAUAUGUAUAGUAGGUAUAAAAUAUUCCUGGAUUUCCAUAGAGGGUAUGUAAAUAAUCUAUGUCAUUUUCUUUAUAGUGAUGUAUUGAUGAUAUUUUUAUUUGAAAUUUAUUUUUAAGAUGUAUAUAAUGAUAUUAUAGAAUUUAUUUUUAAUGAAAUUAGACAUUUACUUCACUAUUUCUAAAGCUGAUUUGUGAAAUGAUAAACUGUGAUAAAAAUAAAACUAUGUUUUUUUUCUUGA